AACAACUGAAGAUUUUCCAAGCAUUGAAGCACCUACGAGACCCCAUCGAAGAAGAAGAAGAAGAAGAAGAAGAAGGAGGAGAAUAUUCCCCGCCGUCGUCUUGCUUCCCGCUCUGAUCUUAGGGUUUCCUUCCGCGAAUCGACCUCUCUCCGAUCGGAAGGAAGAUGCAGGUCGACGGGAAGAAUGGUAAUUCGCUCGAGGACAGACCCGGGAUCUUCGUGAUCGGGCCCUCCGGCGUCGGCAAGCACACCCUCCUGUCUCGGUUGCUAUCGAUUGAUAUUGAGGAAAGUCCUGACCCAUCGUCGGACGUAGUCGUCCAUGGGUGGACUAUAGACACAAAAUACUACAGUGCAGAUGUUUCUGUAUGGAUGGCACAUCUUCAUGAUGAUUUUGAUACACAAUCCUUGCCUAUUCUUGGGAAUCUUGGGAAGUUGGAUGCCUUGGUGAUGGUUUUUGACUUGAGUAAGCCACCAUCCCUUUCUGCACUACAGGACUGGGUAUCUAAGAAUGAUAUUGGGAAUUUUGAGAUAUUGUUGUGUGUUGGGAAUAAAGUAGACCUUGUUCCUGAUCAUCCAGUUCAUGCUGAAUACAGAAGAAGGUUACAAAAUGUUGAAGACGACUCUGUCGAUUAUUAUGCAGAACUCAAGGACUACGGAAUCUCUGAGACUGAGGGAAGUAGUUUACUGGGUGGUGAUGAAUCUACCUUUGACAUUAGAAAAUCAUGUCUAGACUGGUGUGUCGAUCACAAUAUUGAAUAUCUUGAAGCUUGUGCUUCUAAUGCUGACUUUGACAAAUGCUUAUCAGUUGCUGGCGAUUCACAAGGAGUUGAACGUCUCUCUGUUGCACUUUCUUCCCAUAUGUGGCCUGGAAUGAUACUGAAAUCUGGUGAAAAGAUAAGGGAACCAUCAUUACCUGAAAGACAAGAAUCAUCAGAAGAAGAAUCAGAUUAUGAAUUGGAGUAUGAAAUUCUGUCGGCGGGUUCAGCAGAACCAUGGAAUGAUGCAGAUGAAGGAUGGGUCUCAGCUAGUGGUUCUACAGUAGCCCCAAAUGCUGGUGGAUCAACUGUAGCUCGUAAUACUUCUGUCACGGAGGGCAAUCAUGAAAAUGGAGAAAGUUAUGAUGGUAAAGAUCCGCAAGUCUCAACCUCAGAGACUUCCCUGGUGGACAAAAACAAUGAUGUUGGAUCAUCAGUCACAAAAAACCACGAUGAAUUCACAGAGCCAGAAUUAGAUAAUCAGGUUGACUUUGAGGAUCUGGAACAGUUGAUGUCCGAGAUAGGGAAUAUUCGUAAUAACCUGCGUUUCAUGCCCGACUUUCAAAGGAGGGAAAUGGCUGCGAAACUUGCCAUGAAAAUGGCCAGCAUGUUUGGUGGAAGCAGUGAUGACGAGGAGUGAAAUAGAUUGCGCGUUCCGCAUACCGAAUAUGUUGAAGUCAUCUUUCCAGGAGUUAUGCAGGUUAUGGUAAAAAGAUGUCAUUUUGAGAUGUAUGGCUUCAGUUAGUUGAGACCAGGAUAUUUCUCACCUUCAAGCCUUUGCUCGUGCAGUGAUAUAUGGUUGUCAAUUUGUGCCAGCGAAGAUAUGAAGUAAGUCUCCACCUAUCCGUUAAUCUGCUGGGAAGUUUGAAUCUUUAUUGUGGCAUACUUUGCUGCUGGAGACUAAUGGCUAUUUGCACAUGAUGCUCUUCAUCUACUUGUGUAACACUUAUAGAGAGUUUGUCUAUAUUUUUCUGUCUAUGUAUGCAAAUAGAAGGGCAUUAUGUGGAGUUUUGCCCAUCGAUACACACUUUCUUGCGGAUUCUGCCUCGGUAUCGGUACAUGAUGAUUCAAACCUUAGAGCUA